CAGCAACUGGGCUUCGUUCUUGAGCGCGCAGUCUCGGCUUCCAAUCAGGUCAAGCCCAGGGGCUGGGAAUUCAGCUUGGGAGUGUCUACGCCCCUCGCCCCUAGAUAGGGAGACUCGCCUCCUGCUCCACCGUCCCCUCCAGACCUGCUACUGGGGCAAAUCGGCCGGCCCGCCCGCUGACGUCACCUCCUAGCCCCGCCCCCUUGAGGGUCCCAGGCCCUUGCGGCAGGGGCUGCCUGGGGAGGGGGGAGUCAGUUGAGACGGCGGGAGCUCGGUGGAGGGCGGGCCAGGUGACUGGUCCCGGCCAUGCCGAGGAAGAAGCCCUUCAGCGUGAAGCAGAAGAAGAAACAGUUGCAGGACAAGAGGGAGCGGAAGCGAGGGCUUCAAGAUGGGCUGCGAUCCAGCUCCAACAGCCGCAGCGGGAGCCGGGAGCGGCGGGAGGAGCAGACCGACACUUCAGACGGGGAGUCUGUGACCCAUCACAUCCGUAGGCUCAACCAGCAGCCUUCUCAGGGGCUGGGCCUGCGAGGAUAUGAUCCAAAUCGAUACCGCUUGCAUUUUGAGCGUGACAGCCGGGAGGAGGUAGAGAGGAGAAAAAGAGCAGCCCGGGAGCAAGUACUACAGCCCGUCAGUGCUGAGGUGCUGGAGCUGGACAUCCGGGAGGUUUAUCAGCCUGGCUCAGUCCUGGACUUUCCUCGACGUCCUCCUUGGAGCUAUGAGAUGUCCAAGGAGCAACUAACGAGCCAGGAGGAACGGAGCUUCCAGGAAUAUCUCGGGAAGAUUCAUGCGGCUUACACCUCGGAGAAACUCAGCUACUUUGAGCACAAUCUGGAGACGUGGAGACAGAUGUGGCGAGUGUUAGAGAUGUCUGACAUUGUCCUGCUUAUCACUGAUAUCCGACAUCCAGUUGUGAAUUUCCCACCAGCACUUUAUGAGUACGUGACUGGAGAACUUGGUCUGGCCCUGGUGCUGGUCCUGAAUAAGGUGGAUCUCGCCCCGCCAGCUCUCGUGGUUGCCUGGAAGCAUUAUUUCCACCAACACUUUCCCCAGCUCCACAUCAUCCUUUUUACCUCUUUCNNNCGGGAUCCACGCACCCCACAGGACCCUAGUAGUGUCUUAAAGAAGAGUCGGAGGCGGGGGAGAGGAUGGACUCGGGCCCUGGGGCCAGAGCAGUUGCUGAGAGCCUGUGAAGCCAUCACUGCAGGAAAAGUGGACUUGAGCAGCUGGCGGGAGAAGAUUGCCCGGGAUGUGGCUGGGGCCACCUGGGGUAAUGGCUCUGGUGAGGAGGAAGAGGAUGAUGGACCAGCAGUCCUGGUGGAGCAGCAGACUGACUCAGCAAUGGAGCCAGCUGGCCCAACCCAGGAGCGCUACAAGGAUGGAGUGGUGACUAUUGGCUGUGUGGGUUUCCCCAAUGUGGGAAAGUCCUCGCUGAUCAAUGGGCUGGUAGGGCGGAAGGUCGUCAGCGUCUCCAGAACCCCUGGCCACACCCGAUACUUUCAGACCUACUUUCUCACCCCCUCUGUGAAGCUCUGUGACUGCCCAGGCCUCAUAUUCCCCUCCCUUCUGCCUAAGCAGUUGCAGGUUCUGGCAGGGAUCUACCCCAUUGCCCAAAUCCAGGAGCCAUACACCGCUGUGGGCUACCUGGCCUCUCGAAUCCCUGUGCAGGUUCUGCUCCACCUGCGCCACCCAGAGGCCGAGGACCCCUCCGCAGAACACCCCUGGUGUGCCUGGGACAUCUGUGAAGCCUGGGCAGAGAAACGUGGUUACAAGACAGCCAAGGCUGCGCGGAAUGAUGUGUACAGAGCGGCCAAUAGCCUCCUGCGGCUAGCACUGGAUGGCCGCCUCAGCCUGUGCUUUCAUCCCCCAGGCUACAGUGAACAGAAAGGCACCUGGGAGUCCCAUCCGGAGACCAUGGAGCUGGUGGUUUUGCAGGGUAGGGUGGGGCCAGCAGGUGAUGAGGAAGAGGAGGAGGAAGAGGAGGAAGAGCUGAGCAGCUCUUGUGAGGAGGAGGGAGAGGAGGACCGAGAUGCAGAUGAGGAGGGGGAAGGGGAUGAGGACACCCCAACUUCAGUUUCUGGAUCCAGCCUGGCUUCACGAAACCCUUAUGCCCUGCUGGGUGAGGAUGAGUGCUGAGGCCCUGCUCUGCGCCAUCUUCCCCACCCAGUAUCUUUGCUUUUGGACUGACAUGGGGGGUAUCCCCCCUCUGCCACACAAUUGUGAAUAAAGAUUGUCUGCUUUGUAGCCCCUUCCCCAGAUGGACUAAGGUGAGAGCAGCUGUUUCAGACCGACAGCUAUAGGAAGCUUCUCCCUUUUUUCAUGCAUUUUCUUUGCAAAGGAAAAGUUCUCUUAGGAGUUAAUUCUAAGGCCAUGAAACCUGCUUCCUCUGCCUGCUCUGCCACUCAAAUUAUCAACAUGGGAGGGCAGGGCACUUCUGGCUUUUGAGUCCUAGUCUAAAGCCAACCUCAUUUUGGAGUUUGUGUCAUUCUCUCUGAUUUGAGCAGCAAUCUUGUGUGCCACCUGCUGCCAGACCUGGGUUAUACCAGGAGCUUUUGGAAGAAGAAGCAGUAAGAGUUGUCAUAAGCUGUCUCCAAGUGAGAUUUUUGCAGGAUUUACUCAAAUUCAGCAAAUAUUUAUUGAGAGCCGACUGUAUGUCUGGACCAAUGCUAAGCACUAAGCAUAUAAAGAUGCACGGAACCUGACUUAAAUUUGUAGUCUGGCCAUGAUCAAGACCCCAUUAUCAAGCAUCCAAGUUUUUGGAUUAAGAAAGGUAUAUAUAAUGUUCUCCAAAUUCUUGAGGCUCAUACAGUAUAAUUCUAGAACUUGUUGAUGAAAAUAUUUAGGUGAAACCAAAUACUUGUUAAAAUGUUGAUUAAAUAUGUACAUGUAGUCUUACUGGCAAACAAA